AGCUCGUGGUAUGAAAAGCCUGAGGGUCUGGGCAACUCUGUGGGAGGCAAGGUCCAAGAGACACUGGAGCCCGUCAGCCAAAAAACCGGUCCUGUACUGGAGACUGUUGGAAAACCGGUCGGAGGCCUCGUGGAGCCACUCGUUGGCGGCAUCAUGAAAGGAGGCAAAGCCUGGGGUACCGAGGUGGGCGUCGGCUAUGGAAACGCAGAAGGCGGACCUGCAAAACAAGCAGAGGCAGAAGGACAGAAAAUGAAAGAGCCCUUCGGCGGAAAAGAGCAGAAUGCAGAUAACCCUCUUGGCCUGUGA